AUGGCAUUCGAGGCUCGGCCGGAGCUCGUCGGGAAGAGGUUCCUCUGUGUCAGCGGGGACGAGCUGCCUGAAAUCGGUGACAUUGCUCGGUGGCCGUGGAGGUCCGGUGUCAUACGAGCUGUGAACCAUCGAGAUAGUGACAAUCUCGACCUGACGGUAUACGUGGAAUUUGAUGAUCAGGAGUGGGAGAAGAGAGAGUGGGUGAAGGUCUACGAUGAUUUCCAGCUGUUUCUUCUCGAGCACCAGCUGGUCUGGGCGAAGAGGAAGGAAGGAGCUGGAGGAGCAGGUGGAGAAGUAGGUGGCCUGCUGCAGGGAAUCAAGGCUAAACACAUACAGUGGCCUGCCCUGGCGUUUAAGCCAGUGGUGGGGAAGAGUCUGUUGUCAUCAGUAACAGCGGUGGAAUUCUUGCUUGAUCGACAUCUGGACUUUCUGUCAGACCAUUCCACCUACCAGCCAUACCAGGACGAGGUAGACAGUCAGAGUCCAAUAUUAAGAGAUAAUCCUCAGCUCCACGAGGAAUUGAAGGGCUGGCUUAAAGACCAGAAAGUUCAGGAAAUUUUUAUGCAAGGUCCCUAUUCAUUGAAUGGCUACCGUGUACGUGUGUAUAGACAAGACUCGGCCACCCAGUGGUUCACAGGCAUCAUUACACAUCACGACCUCUUUAGCCGAAACAUGGUCGUUAUGAAUGACCAGGUGCUCGAGCCUCAGAAUGUGGAUCCUUCCAUGAUCCAGAUGACCUUUCUUGAUGACGUGGUUCACUCUCUACUGAAAGGAGAAAAUAUAGGCAUUACCUCGAGACGAAGGUCGCGAUCCAGUCAGAACAACAAUUCUGCCCAUAUGGUAGGGGGAAGACCCGGCGGGACCACUGGCAACUCUCAGAGUCAUUAUACGCGAGCCCAAGCCAACAGCCCCCGUCCAAUCAUGACAUCAUCAGGGCCCAACCCAAAGGGUUCACAAGGGACGCUGGCCUCCCAACAGCAAAGUCAAUCACUGCAAAGCCAGCAAACAUCCAGCCAAUCGCACCAUUCUCCCAGUGGCAACGUGCGGGACCAGAGAGAACAGCGCAUCUCUCGCUCAUCCCGGAGAAAAGGAUCCGAUAGCAGCAUUGCAGAGGAGGACCGGGACAGGAGAGAAGAAACUAGCAACAAAGACUCUAAGUCAAAGGCCAAACAGGCAGUAAACAAACGUCGGAAGGGUGAGGACGACGAGAAGAAGGCCGGUCUAAAGAGACUGAAGACGGACAUGACAUCGGACUUCUCGGAGAGCAGUGACUCUGAAAACCCACUCAAGAGGACGGCCCAUUCGUCAUGUUCCUCUUUUUCAUCCUCGUCAUCAUCCUCGUCCUCCUCUUCUUCCUCCUCCUCCUCAGAGCCCAACUCUGAGAAUGAAUUAAAGACUCGCAGUAGUGAUGUCAAAUCAAGUGUUUUACAAAGGGAGGACGAGGAAAAGACGCUAAUACAGCCUGGCAAAAUGAAUGAUUCAUCAUUGCACAUCGGUCGCAUGUCCCCGUGGUCGGAGCUUCAAGCUACAGAGGACGGCAAGAAAGCUGUUAAGGAGAUGAGAAGGAUCAUCACAAAGGAGGAGGAGGAAUUGGUGGCAGUGACGCAGAUCACCCAAUCGCCACGGCAACAGAUGCCUCUUAUGUCUGACACUAUCCAAGCUAACAUAAUGGAGAGUAGCAAGAACACUGUGAAAGCCUCGUCGCGAUGUCAGACCCCUUCCUUGUCCCAUCUCCAUGGCAGUGGUGUGAUUGAUGUCACAGAUGACGCCCAGGCAACCGUUCAUCAAGAGAGUUCCGAGGCUGUAUCAGCUCUGCUUGCCUCUCAAAAGGCAGAGUCAACAGCCCUCUCACCUUACCUCACUUUGCAUCCAUCCCCUGUCUCCUCACCUCCUGUACCUCCUUCACCUUCACCAUCGGAAGGUGGCCGAAGAACUGAUAUUGACCCUGCUAUACAGCAGGGCUUAAUAGGAGGUGGCCUGACAGCUGGCAGGAGUUUAAACAACAAAAUAGAGUUUACCUCCUCAGAGAUUAUCAGGCCUGUCACAUCAAUGGUUGAUAACGUGAUGCUGUUGGACAAGGAAAAAUUAGUCAUUCCUCAACCUUUUCUACAUCAACAGCAGCAAAUGCAGCAACAACAACACUAUACGCCUGUCCAUUCUGGCAUCAAGAGUCCAUCAUUAUCCGAGGAGCAAAGCAAACAGCAACAGCCACACCCUGAAAAGAUGAACACAUGCCAUCCCACUGACCUGGCAAAACCAAAACUGGACUCUAACCCAGACCCCCUUGACUCCAUGAAACAGAAAUCCCAACACCCGAACAACUCUCAGAGCCAUCCGUACCCUAGCACGAGUCCAUCAGGCCAUAUCAAGUCUAAGACCCACGUAGGCCUAAUGGAUAUCUCCAGACCUAAACCCAAUACCUCUCCAGAGGUCUCUAAACAUAAAGUCCCAAAAUAUUCCAAUACCUCGUCCCCUCCAUCAGGUCGUUUGUCCAGUAAAAUGGAAACAACUGAGCUUCCUCGAUCUGGUUUCAAGCCAAUACCGGCUCACACAGAGUCGGGUGGGAGCAGUACUAUCUGCAGCACGAAGAGCCCGCUAAUUAUCGAUAAGAAUGAGACCUUCACUGUUUACAGAGACCCAUCGUUGAUCUGUUCUGACAAUGAGAACUCUUCCAUGGCCACUGUCUCCUCUAACCACGUGGCGGCUUAUCUCCAUCCUCACCUACACGGCCUUCACUCGCCAUCGCCGCACUCCCCUUGUCUCACCCCUUCGUCCCACCCACACGCUGCCUCUCAUCUCCUAGCUCCUCCUCAUACCUCUGCCUUACCUCAUCCACACCUUUUACCCCCUGGGGUUCUUUCAGCUAUGCCUCCUCCUCACACAGCGUCUCUCCUGGGUGGACACCCGCAGCUGGAUUCCCCUGGAGGUUUAGGUCACCUUGCCAUGCCUCACCCAGGAGCUUCACACCAACAGCAGUUCCUCCAGGGUCAGGGAGGCCCGCCUCCGCAUCUACUCACCCAGCCUCAUACUGGAGCUGCAGGUUUGGGCCUCUACCCGAUCAUUUGGCAGUAUCCCAACGGAACACCAAGUUCCUACCAACAAGGCCUCAACCUACCACCCACAGCCAAAUGGGUUCACCCUGAAAAUCCAGUUUCUGUUAAUUCUGAGGCAUCUCUCCAAAAGAACACAGCCAGUCCAUGGUUGCACCAAGCUGUUGCUAGUGUAAAUGACAGUUUGGGUUUGCUGAGUCACGUUCCUGUAAGACCUGCCAGUGCUGAUGCCCACCGCCCGUCAGUUAAAAUCAACACACACGCAAGUCCACCUCUGUCAAAGAUCGGUGUGGACAUUCGUAAAGAGGAUGUGGAUAAGAGGAGCUUUAUGGAUCCAAUGAGAAUGACACUGGCCCAGCUAAAACAGGAACCUGCAGAUAGUAGCAUGAGCAUCACUGGAAAAGAUGGCCAGCUUCACCGACUCUACUUGGACCACCAAAGCAAGGGGCGCCUGUCUAAUGCACAGGAUGGUGUUCAAGCAGUGGACCGAGCCAGUAAGUACAAAGAGGAGAAUCGUCAAAUCCUGAAGGAGAGCAUCGAAGUGGCCCCUUUCACUGCUAAGAUUCAACGCUCAAAUGAAACUGGGAUUGACAGGGACAGAGAGAGAAGCAGAGAUCCUACUUUUCCUGUCAGGAUACCAGCUCUGUCUUCCCUUAGUCCUAAGGCAGGCCACAUCCAUCCCCAUAUUAUCCAGCCAGAAAAGAGCAACUAUUUUACCACUUUGUCCAACAGUGUUAUAAAUGAGCCUCCGAGACUGUACCCUUCCAAAGAGCUAAGCUCGUACUAUAAGAAAGUGUCAAUCGGCGCUCAAGGGGUUAUUGGUGCGGCUGUCUCGAGCCAGAAUGCUCUGUCCCUUGGCAACUACAAUGCCAAAGUGUCCAUCUCCAGGCCACCUCCCCUAAUUAAACACCAUCCAGAAGGUGGUGAAGGCCUUGCGGGUAAAAUUACUGAGCAGCUCAACCAGCAGGCAAUGCUAGUCCAACACCACACAGCUGUCGAAAGGAUGGAGCGCUGCAGCCCUGCUAUUUCUCCUUCUUCAUCUACAUCUUCAGCUUCUAACCACCACCCACAGCAUCACCAUCACCACCACCAUCACCACCCUCAACAGCCGCAACACAAUCUCAGGGCGAUGCCAUCACUUCACAGAGCACCGGUCUUCCACCCACCCACUCAGCAUGCGAUGGAACGUAAAGAGGCGGCGGACAGAGAGCGAGAAAAGGAACGAGAAAAGGAAAGGGAGAGAGCUUGCUACGGUGGACGUCUAUCGCCACCGACCCUGACGCCGAUCCAGCCGGUUACCUUGGCGACAGCUGGUAGCAAAACAUCAGUCGAGCAACAGAAACCUCCCACUUUACUGCCAGAACUCAGGGAUAUCAAAGGUCAUGGAAAUACUGCCAUUGUUGCCUCGGCUGUCAGUGUGGAGAAUACAUCAUUAGGUGGAUGGAGAGGUGGUCAAGACAGAAGAACGCUCGUCUUUGGAGAGAGAGGCGUGUCGAAAGCUAAGCCCCAAUCUGCAAUGGCAUCCGUCAUUGUUCGUCCACCCAUGUCCGUCAAGAUUGACAAUCCUGCCAACAAAUCAGGUGCAAUGAUCACCAAGGAAUUACCUUUGGGGAGUUUUUCCUCAUCCAAGCUUCAUGGGGAUAGUCAAAAAUCAGGAGAUCAUGGAGCUAACAGAGUCAUUCAACCCAAUUCCAACCUGGAUGACAUUUACGUACAAUAUAAAAAGACUUCUAUAUGUACCACGCAGGGGACAAUGGGAACCAGUGCUAUAAACUCUGUUCAUAGGACUGCUGUUUCAUCAUCUAUACAGAGUAUAAGUGAGGCAACUGCUCCUGAGUUGGGUUACUCAACAUCUUCUAAUAAUGCGCCAGGAGAGCAACACGUGGGCGUGAGAUCAUGCACUUCAUCUCCAGGAGGAUCUUUGCCUCUUCCUAGUCCAUCUAGCACACCACAACCCAGCCCGAAUCAAACCCCAAGACCAAGCUCCUGUGCUGCCGCCGGUCAGGCUUACUCACCCUCUUUUGUCCACCUCAAGAAGCACAAAGCUGCACUGGCAGCAGCCCAAUCUAAAAGCAACCUCUGCACUACUUCGGCGUCUGUCACGACCGGAUACACUUCUCCCAUGGUGGAUCCCGCUGAAAAAAAUUACAACUCCACCCCUCCUCCUGCCUUCAGCCAAACCUCAUCUUCAGUCGAUAGCAGUAGCAGCAACUCAACAAGCGGUAGAACAACACCAGGAAAAUCCAGUCCCCUGCACAAUGACCAGUCCUCUGGGGCUGCGCCAACGAGUAGCGGGCAGGCCAGUAACUACCACAAACUGAAAAAAGCCUGGUUAACACGGCACUCCGAGGAGGACAGGAACACAACUGCUACAAGCUCAGUUAAUACUAAAUCUGAGAAGUUGCCCAACAUCAGCAACACUACAACAAUGACAGAGAUGAUAAAACCGUGUACCGUCAAUCUCAGCGCCUCCUCAUCCAGUGAGGUGGAGCUUAGUAAGGACACUGCGAGCAAAGGAGAUCGAGAGAAGCUCUCAGAGGAGAAGACAGGUGGAACAACAGUCGCGGAAGAAAGGAAAGCCUCUUCUUCACAAAGGCGAGGAAGCAAACGAACGUAUGAGUCUGCUUCAGAGAGCGGGGGAGAUGAUUCCGAUACCAGCGAGAGCAAAAUGGAGGGCAGAGCUAAGCGGCAGCCCAAACCAACUUAUAAAAAGAAACAGAACGAUAUGGCCAAGAAAAAAGGAGACAAUGAAAAGGAAGAGGAUGAUUUAAAACCCAACGGAAUCUUUAGAUCUGCAAAAGAGAAGACCAAACUCAAAAUGGCCAGUAGCAAUGGGAUCCCUCGUUCUGUGCUGAAGGAUUGGCGCAAGGUGAAGAAGCUUAAGCAGACGGGGGAGUCUUUCCUCCAGGAUGAUUCUUGUUCAGAGAUCGGGCCCAAUCUGCAAAAGUGUCGGGAGUGUAGGGUCAUCCGCAACAAGAAAGGCGAAGAGCCAGCACAUUCCCCUGUGUUUUGUCGUUUCUACUAUUUCAGACGGCUUUCUUACAGUAAAAACGGAAUAAUUCGAGUGGAUGGAUUUUCCACUCCAGAUCAGUUUGAUGAUGAGGCCCUUGCCAUGUGGAUCCCUGGAGCAACAGAGGAGAGUCACUUGGACCAGACCACAGCCAAGUACAUCCUCAGCUUCAUUGGAGACCUGUUCUGUCAAAUGGUCACGAUGGAAAAUACAGCAGCCUCCUGGGUUAAAAAGGAAGCCAAGCUUGUGUGGAAGCGUGCAGUUAAGGGAGUGAGGGAGAUGUGUGAUGCCUGUGAGGCAACACUCUUCAACAUCCACUGGGUCUGUCAGAAGUGUGGCUUUGUUGUUUGCCUGGACUGCUACAAGGCUAAGGAAAGAAGGAGCUCCAAAGAUAAAGAACUAUACGGCUGGCUGAAGUGUGUGAAAGGCCAGCCUCAUGAUCACAAGCACCUAAUGCCAACACAGAUCAUACCUGGCACAGUGCUGACUGAAUUGGUGACCUCCAUGCAUUCACUGAAAGAAAAACACAAUAUCAAGGUUCAUUGUGCGUGCAGCAGCAAACAGAAUAUCCUCAGCAAACUACCAACCACCAAUGGAGUCUCACAGGUACUACAGAAUGUUUUGAACCAUAGCAACAAGCUGUCACUGGUGAAGCCUGAGCCACGCAGUCAACAGAACUCUGAUGAAGGAGGACCUAAAGUAGAGACCAACGGAGGAGGAAAAAGUCCGAGCAGUGACACUGAAAGUGCGGUUACUCCACCAGAGUCCCAGUCACCUCUGCAUUUCCUGGCUGACCUGGCAGAGCAGAAAUCCAGAGAGGAAAAGAAAGAAAACAAAGACUCUUUGUCACUUGGUAAAUCCGUGAAAGAAGGUGACAGCCUGGAGGUCCUUCAGCAAUGUAAAACUACAUCACUGAUAGCCAACAGUGCAGAGCAGGGCUCCACUCUCAGAGAUCUGCUCACCACCACAGCUGGAAAGCUGAAGCUGGGAUCUACUGAUGCUGGAAUUGCGUUUGCACCAGUAUACUCAACUGCUUCACAGACUGGAAAAGGUGGACGGACCAUGCCUAAUAUCCUCGACGAUAUCAUUGCAUCAGUUGUUGAGAACAAAAUUCCUGCCAGUCGCCAGACAAUUACCACAAAGCUUUCAAUCAAGCAAGAGUCAGUGAUCCCUGUCAACAACAGCAACCCUAUACCCGUCGUGUCGGAAGAUGUCAAAACAGACAAAAAGAAGCCGACGCCAGUUAACGCUGCAGUUGUAGGGGAUUCAUCCAAUCAGUAUCCAGAUAUUUCCCAUUGCUGGCUAAAUAAUGGACGGCUACUUUGGCUCAAAGAUCACCGUAACCAGAAUAACUGGAAACUCUUUAGAGAAUGCUGGAAACUGGGACAGCCUGUGUUGGUGUCCGGGAUCCAUAAGCGACUGAAUGCCAGUCUGUGGAAAGCGGACUCUUUCAAUCAGGAGUUUGCCGACCAUCAGGGAGACCUUCUCAAUUGUAAAGACCAAGUGGUUUCCAACUCAGGGAUCAAGGAAUUCUGGGAUGGAUUUGAGGACAUCACCAAGCGACUCAAAUCCAAGGACGGGGAACCUGUAGUUUACAGACUGAAGGAUUGGCCUUCUGGAGAGGAGUUCAUGGCCCUAAUGCCUUCAAGGUAUGACGACUUAAUGAAGAACUUGCCACUGCCUGAGUACUCGGAUCCAGAAGGAAGUCUUAAUUUAGCCUCCCAUCUGCCAUCUUUCUUCGUUAGGCCAGACUUGGGACCGAGACUCUGCUGUGCCUAUGGUGUAGCUGCAUCUCAGGACCAGGACUUUGGGACUGCCAACCUACAUGUGGAAGUCUCAGAUGUUGUCUCUAUUCUUGUAUACGUCGGCGUGGCCAAAGGCAAUGGAGUCUUGUCCAAAACCGGAGUGUUGAAGCGUCUGGAAGAGGACAAUCUAGAUGAGGGGGUUCGGAAAAGGUUAAAGGACUCCAGUGAAACACCAGGAGCGUUAUGGCACAUCUACCUCAACAAAGACAUGGACAAAAUCCGGGAGUUCCUGUACAAGCUCUGUAAGGAGCAAGGAUUGGAUGUAUCAGUGGACCAGGAUCCAAUCAGAGAGCAGGGCUGGUACCUGAGCAAGAAACAGCGGCAGCAGCUUUUGGAUGAACAUGGGGUUCAAGGUUGGACCGUUGUUCAAUUCUUGGGAGACUCUGUUCUAAUACCAGCUGGGUCUAUGCAUCAGGUCCAGAACCUUCACAGCUGCGUUCAGGUCAUCAAUGACUUUGUGUCUCCUGAGCAUGUGGCCAACUCCUUCCACCUGACCCAGCAGCUCAGAUCCAACCACGAAGAAGUCAACUAUGAAGACAAACUGCAGGUAAAAAACAUCCUAUACCACUGCGUGAAAGAGGCCGUAAGCUCCUUGAAAAAGAGCGACUCUGAGGAUGACGAAGAGGAAUAG